AAUGUGACGUAACAACACCCUAGCAGUUUGAUAGGUCGACGCUCCGAUGACGUCCAUACCACGCGACACCUCUCCAAACAGCAGAAACAAGAUCGGCGACUCCGAUAAAUUCAACCCCUCAAAUUACACCGAGGUAGCGGCGAUUAAAUGUCCCAUUAAAGUAGCGAAAAGUCUGACUGCGUACACAAGAAGUGUUACCGGCUUUCAUUUUAUCUCCAGUGGGAGAAGUAGGAGGAGAAAGAGGAGGGAAAGGGGCCCCUUCCGGUUCGGCAGCGAGAUAAGACCCACUCUUGCCGAAGUAAGAGGAAGAAAUGGGGACUGGCUUCGUCUGACAUUCUCGGACUGUCACAGAAUCAUUGCGAUGGAGGCCCAAGUGGAUGAAAAGAUGUGUGGGAAACUGAGGCUGGCCUGCGGUCUGUACAAUUACAAGCUGAGGGACGUCUUCACGUGGGAUCUGUUGAAGACCCUGGUCAUGGGCCAAGUCUUGUCCCUGAUGAUCUGUGGCACGGCAGUGAGCUGCCAGUACCUGGCCGACGCCGGCGCGGAGACGCCCAUGUUGCAAAGCUUCCUCAACUAUGCCUUGCUAUUGCUUGCCUACACCACCGUUCUCUGCACACACAAAGGAGAGCGAAACUUCCUGCAGGUGCUGAAGACCAAGUGGUGGAAGUACCUGUUGAUGGGUGUGGCCGACGUGGAGGCCAACUACACGGUCGUGAAGGCGUACCGCUACACCACGCUGACUAGCAUCCAGCUGCUGGACUGCUUCGUGGUACCGGCGCUGAUGCUCAUGUCCUGGUUCCUGCUGAAGACUCGCUACAGGCCGCUGCACUACAUCGCCGUGACCGUGUGCCUGCUGGGCGUGGGCGCCAUGGUGGGCGCCGACAUCCUGGCCGGAAGAGAGCAGGGAUCCGCCAGUGACGUGGUGCUGGGCGAUGGCUUGGUGCUGAUCAGCGCCGUCCUCUACGCCGUGUCCAACUUGUGCCAGGAGUUCACCGUGAAGAACCGGACCCGGGUGGAGUUCUUGGGAAUGAUGGGCUUCUUUGGGACUAUCGUCAGUGGGAUUCAGCUAGCCGCACUGGAAAUUAGUGCAGUCAAGGAAAUCAAGUGGAACUUUCACAUUGCCAUGCUGUUUGCCAUGUAUGUGCUGUGCAUGUUCGCGCUAUACAGCUUCAUGCCGGUCGUGGUGAAGAGGACUAGCGCCACCGCCGUCAACCUCUCGCUGCUCACCGCUGACCUCUUCAGCCUCUUCUGUGGCCUUUUCCUCUUUCACUACACGUUUUCACCGCUGUACAUCAUGGCGUUCAUCCUCAUCAUGGUGGGCUUCGUCACCUUCAACGCCUUGCCCACCCACUCGGCUCAGCCCGAGCCCGACUCCGGGGACCCUUCGGACCAGGAGGCCCUGUGCGCCUCAGACCGCCUGCUGCCGGCCGACAGAAACGGACAAAAUAACGUAACGGUGGUCUCUGCGCUCUGACCACAGAAAAAAAGAAGAACUAAGUCUUUCUGUUGUAAGAAAGGGAUCUCGAAUGUUGUCUUCCAUCAUGCUGUUACGAAAAAAGGAAAAAGCUGAUGUUUACCUUCAUUUCCAGAAAAGCUACUGUUAAUUUGUUUAAAAGUUACUGCUACAUAUAUGGUGCAUGUUACUCGUUAAAACAAAGGGCAUUCACGGCGCAAAGACUAUUUAUUAUCAAGAUGUUUUUUUUUUUUUUGCUGCUAGAGCCAUUAAUUUGAUAUUUUCUGCUCUCUCAUAAUUUAUUCUGUAGUUCUGCACUGCAUUGUUUUGUAAAAUUUCCAUUUUAAAACGGGCCAAAUCCAAGCCUCUUUUAAUGUUGAUAGACGCAAUAUUCAAACUACCAUCACUUGCAAAAAAAAAUUGUUUCCCACGCAAUUGUAAUUUUUAAUUAAAUGUAUUUUUUUUUAAGAUUAAUUUGAAGGUAAUGUUAAUAUAUUUACAAGUAUGUGGACAGGUGUAACAUAAAAUAUCAGGUAAAGUCAACUUUUUUUAAACUAAUUAUUUUUUUCAUUUGAUCAUAAAAGCUGUUUUGUUUGCCCAAAAUUUGUCAAUUGUUUACUAUUGAUGUCAUUAAUAUUCUCAGUAUUGUCAUUUUCUCAUCUCAAGUGCUUUGAUACCUGACUUUUUUUGUCCACAAUUUUGUUUUCAUUUUAUUAAACUUACAUUUAUUUUUAA